AUGCGGCCUCAAUUGAUGACCCAUGUUGUGGAUGGAUCACUCUCUCACUACCCUCCUGAGCCAGAGCCUCCGGUGCCGCUCCUGGGGCCGCCGCUGCCGCUGCCACUGCCGACAGCUUAUGAUGAGGAAUGUUUGUCUUCUAUGCCUUCUUACAUGAGAUUGAGGUCUUCUUCGCCUUCUUGCACAGUAAUGGAUCCAAUUAUGGGACAGUAUCUUCUUGCAGGCAACAUGAAUCCACCAUUUUCUGCUGAAAAUUCUGGAAUUCCCAAUGGGAGUAGUUUGCUUAUGGGCACUGAACUUCCACGUCAAGAACUCGAUUUCCAGGGUGAUAAUGGUGGACUUUUCCUCCCUGACACCAUAUCUAGGCUCUUUAACUGCUCUAGUGACCUUCAGGCACUUAGUAAUGAGAGCCAGCAUAUGGCACAUGGAGGUCCAAAUUCUACUCCUUUGGCAUCAGAGAUUUCGAGCUUGGAAGAUUCUACUUUCAAGGUGGGCAAACUCUCCGUUGAAGAAAGGAAAAAGAAAAUCCACAGAUACAUGAAGAAAAGAAAUGAAAGAAAUUUCAGUAAGAAAAUCAAGUAUGCAUGUCGCAAAACACUUGCUGACAGCCGGCCUCGCGUUAGAGGAAGGUUUGCAAAGAAUGAUGAACUUGGAGAAGCUGCAAGAACUGCUGGUAGCAACCAUGAAGAAGACACAGAUGAAGAUGUGGUGGUGAAAGAAGAGGAUAUGGUAGACUCUUCAGACAUAUUUGCACACAUAAGUGGUGUAAAUUCCUUCAAAUGCAACUAUCCCAUUCAAUCUUGGAUUUGAUUAGAGUUUCUGAGUAGUGAAGCCCUUU